AUGAAGAUAGCACCGCCGAACUUUGGAUACGUGGAAGAACGCAUUUUUCGCUGCGGCGCACCAGAACCGUGCCACUACACCUUUUUAGCCUCACUGAAGCUUCGCACGUGCGUGUUGCUGACGGACAGUCAUGACGAGGCCUUUGUACUUUGGCUUCGCGAAAACAACGUACGCACAGUGUGCCCGCUCCACGAUGAGUCGAAAGUGAAUACGCUCGGGGAAAAAAUGGGGUCUGUGGGCUACCACUCUGGGAGCAUGACUCUUUCGGAGCCAGUCGUUGUGGAUAUUUUGCACGUGCUCCUCGAUCCCAACAACUACCCGUUACUACUAACCUGCAGCGUAGGCCGGUAUCGGACUGGCAUAGUCUGUGGCUGCCUCCGUAAGUUGCAGGGUUGGAGUUUAGUGUCUAUCCUGGAGGAGUACCGCAGAUACGCACAGGAUAAGGGGCGCGCUGAAAACGAAGAGUUCAUCGAGCUCUUUGACAAGGAUCUAGUUAACCUGGAGCUUAAGGAGGGAUGCAAGCCAACUAUUCUGUACUCCCUCGACGUCUAA